UUUCUUGGACUAAUUCACUGACUCGUCGUGGCUAGAAUAGGUUUUCGACUACUCCGCUUGAUGAAAACGUGUAUUUUAUCUUAAUCACGGCACAAAUGUGGAGCCUUUUUUUAAUGGUGAAUCGAGUGCGUAAUUGUCCUAUAUAAUAAAGUCCAUUCCAUCUCUCUUCAUCAUCAGAUUACCAUAUGCAGCAAUAACAACAUCAGCAGCAGCGAGUCUUCUUCUACACUUUCUGUGCAACAAUGGCGGGCUCUUCAUUCAUCUCCGCAGCCGCUAAAAGGCUAGAGGGCAAGGUCGCGCUAAUCACCGGAGGAGCCAGCGGGAUCGGCGAGAUCACAGCCAGGGUCUUUGCCCACCACGGCGCCAAGGUGGUCAUCGCUGACGUCAAUGACUCGCUCGGCCACUCCAUCCGCGACUCCCUCAGCCGGGACAACGCCUCCUUCGUCCACUGCGACGUCACUGACGAGUCCCAAGUCAAGGCCGCUGUUGCUGAGGCUGUCUCCACCUACGGCAAGCUCGACAUCAUGUUCAACAACGCCGGGAUCACCGGCCCGAACAAGAGCCGCAUCGUCGACAACGACAAAGCGGACUUCGAGCGCGUCCUUGCCGUGAACGUAACCGGCGUCUUCCUCGGGAUGAAGCACGCAGCGCAGGCCAUGAUCCCGGUGCGGCGCGGGUGCAUCAUCAACACCGCCAGCAUCAGCUCUGGCCUCGCCGGCAUAACCUCACAUGCCUACACGUGUGCGAAGCACGCGGUGCUGGGGCUGACGAGGAACGCUGCCGUGGAGCUGGGGCAGUUCGGGAUCCGGGUGAACUGCCUGUCGCCCAACGCCUGCGCGACGCCGCUGGCGACCAAGUUCUUCGGCAUGGGCCCCGCGGAGCUGGAGGCAGCGAUAGACGCGGUUACGAACCUGAAGGGGGUGACGUUGAAGGUGGAGGACGUGGCGAACGCCGCCCUGUUCCUGGCGGGCGACGAGGCGAGGUAUGUCAGCGGCCACAACCUGUUCAUCGAUGGCGGCUUCAGCGUCGUCAACUCUUCGUUCCGCUUGUUCCAUUAUCCCCCCGAGGAGGCCUGAUUGGGCCGGGUCGGGUCUCUCGUGAUUGCCCCCAUUCGACCCGGUUCGAUUAUGGCCUCAUUUUCUCGGGUCGGGCCGGAGAUCUGAAGGGCCCACGGCUGCAUUGAUUGGCUGAAAAAGGAGGAAGCGUUCAAUUUUCAUUAUUCCCGAUGUUAGACAUCUUUCGUGUCUAGCACAAUUGUACCCCAUCUGAUAAUGCCGAUUACUAUAGUAAUCGUGAAGGCCAACUAAAAGAGGGAUGCAUGCUAAAUAUUAGUAUAAUUAUCAAAGUUGGGUGAGUGUUGAUUCUGGGACUCGCGUUUCGAAAAACUAAGCAAAUACGACGGCUUUUUAUCA